CUUCAACGGCACUAAAAAGCCAUGCAAAGCACAAAAGCUCUGCUCUAACCAUAUGUUUUCCGACAGUUUUACUUUUCAUCUAUUUUGGACUCAAUGUGUGUAUUUGUACUGAAUGUGAUUGUGAAAAUGAUGCGGAUGCAGCGUUUGCUGUUAAGUUAUUUAGUGAAAUUAUAGUGAAUUAACACGCUGCGUUCGUUAAAAUGAAAUUUGCCGAACACUUGAGCGCGCAUAUAACACCGGAAUGGCGAAAACAGUACAUAAACUAUGAGGAAAUGAAGGCAAUGCUGUAUGCGGCCGUGGAGCAAGCGCCCUCCGCUGAGCUUGUCGAUCCGGAGGUGCUGUCACGUUAUUUUGCCAAAUUCGAUGAACAAUUCUUCCAUUACUGCGACAAGGAGUUAGCCAAAAUCAACACAUUCUACUCCGAAAAGAUGGCUGAGGCCACGCGCAAAUAUGGCAAUCUCCGCAGUGAACUUAGCGAAACGCUAGAGAUGGGCGCGGUGAAGAAACAACCUGCCUGGAAGUCGAAAACACCAUUGGGCAAGAAGAAUGUGCCAGCGCGCAAAAUACAGGAUCUCAAAUUAGCAUUUAGUGAAUUUUAUUUGGGUCUCAUUUUACUACAAAACUACCAGAAUUUAAAUUUCACCGGUUUUCGUAAGAUACUAAAGAAACACGAUAAGCUCUUGAAUGUUUGCGAUGGUGUUAAAUGGCGUGAGGAGUAUGUAGAGGCGGCACAUUUCUAUGUUAACAAAGAUAUAGAUCGUUUAAUUCAUGAAACCGAGCGCGCUUUCACCAACGAUAUUGAGGGCGGCGACCGGCAGAAGGCAAUGAAGCGUUUGCGCGUACCGCCCUUGGGCGAACAACAAAGUCCGUGGACCACUUUCAAAGUUGGUCUUUUCUCGGGCGCUUUUGUUGUACUCUUCCUUACCGUCAUCUUGUCAGCUAUAUUUCAUGGUUUUGGCGAUGAUUGGCGCGUGGGUCUGCGCAUGUUUCGUGGCCCCUUUCUCAUGAUUGAGUUUCUCUUCUUGUGGGGCGUCAAUGUGUAUGGCUGGCGUUCGUCUGGCGUUAAUCAUGUGCUCAUCUUUGAACUGGAUCCACGUAAUCACUUGUCCGAGCAGAAUAUCAUGGAAGUGGCUUCGGUAUUUGGCGUAAUUUGGGCUAUUUGUGUGCUCUGUUAUAUUUAUUGUGACCCUUUGGGCAUACCACAAUAUUCGGCACCCAUUUUUCUUUACACUUUGAUGCUUGCAUUUUUGCUCAACCCAACGAAGACAUUUCAUCACGAGGCGCGUUAUUGGGCCGUACGCGUGCUGAGCCGCGUGGUAAUGGCACCAUUCUUCUUUGUGACAUUUGCGGACUUUUGGCUGGCCGACCAAUUGAAUAGCAUUGUGCCUGCCUUCCUCGAUAUACCCUUUAUUAUUUGCUUCUUCGGUGAGAAUCCCAGUUGGCAUAAAACGAGUUAUGGUGGCAGCACUUGUGUGCAGGACAUAUCCAUGGUACGUCCAAUUGUCGCUAUUUUGCCGGCUUACUGGCGAUUCGGUCAGUGUAUCCGUCGCUAUCGUGAUACACGUGAAGCUUUUCCGCAUCUGGUUAAUGCUGCUAAGUACGCGACAUCCUUUUUUGUGGUGAUAUUCUCAUAUAAGUUUCAGAUAACCUCAGACGGCUACUUCACAUCGAAGGAUAAUCCUUGGUUUUAUUGCUGGAUAGUGGCGGCCAUUGUGUCCUCAUGUUAUGCUUACACGUGGGAUAUUAAAAUGGAUUGGGGCCUCUUUGACGCCAAGGCUGGUGAUAAUCGCUUUUUGCGUGAAGAAAUUGUCUACUCGUCGACGUGGUUCUACUACUUUGGCAUUGUGGAAGACUUAGUGCUGCGUUUCGGUUGGACCGUUUCGAUGAGCCUAAUUGAGGCUGGUUAUAUGGAGGGUGAUGUAAUGAUGACCAUACUCAGUCCGUUGGAAGUGUUUCGUCGUUUUAUUUGGAACUAUUUUCGCUUGGAAAACGAACAUUUGAAUAAUUGCGGUAAAUUUCGUGCAGUACGUGAUAUUUCGGUGGCGCCCAUGGAUUGCUCGGAUCAGACGACAAUUUUACGCAUGAUGGACGAGGAGGACGGCGUAGUCAACCGACGUGGCAAAACUAAAGGCCUAUCGAAGAAGAAGGAGCAGCAACGCCUGUUGCUUCUACAAGGCGAAUCUGUCGAAGAUUUAUGCUCUUAAAUGGGCAAAGGCUUUGCAUUUUGUUUUAAAUUUAAUUUAUGGAGCAUAGAGUAUAUAUAUAUAAAAGUGUAUAAAAUAACAAGGAACAUAACAAUUGGGUAGCGAAGUUGUAAUAUAAGAUGUGAUUAAUUUCAAUUAAUGUUGCAAUUAAAUGUUUAUAUACAUACAUAUCCAUAUGUAAUGUAGGUAUGUGUGUAGAUAGUGCUCGUUGUAUUGUAGCAAAAAUGGAAGAAAGAGAGCGAAUUUCAUGCUUCAGCCACGAGUAACGUAUACAGACAAAUUUUUAUAUACCUAUACAUAUUUUAUUUCACUCUAUGUACUUAUGUAAUUUCCUUAUAUGCCAAAAGAUCAAAGUAGUAGUUAGAAACCGAAUACUGUUCAAAAAAAUACUGCAUAGAAAAAAAACAAUUCGCGCAGAAAAUACAUAUCCACACAUUUGCUAUUUUUAAAUUAAUUUAAUAAAGGCAGUCAUAGAAUUAAUACAAUUUAAAUUACAAUACUCAUGUCUAACUUUUAAGAACUUUUACAGUGGGUAUAAAUACAUAUAUAUGUAUUAGAUAUAUGCUUAUGGCUGUCUAAAGUUGUGGCCUCAUAGCCACUUAUAUCGAAAGGUGCGCACAAAUUUAUCUUUUAUAAAUUGUAUUUAAUUGUUUUUUUCUGAUUUGUGUUUUUUUUAAAUAUAUACUUUUCUUUUGUGUACUCGCAAAACAAAUUCUAUUUUCUUUCUGCAGAAUGAAUCAACAAAACAUAACAUACAAUUUUGUUGUUAUUCUCUUUUACAUUGUUUGUCUACACCAAUUUAAUGUAAUUGAACUUUUCAUGUUAAAUAAAUGUUUAGAGAAAUGCUGUUUACAAA